CACGACAGAUGCACUUCCCAAGACUUAUAAGCAGAGUAGACACUGCUUUUUAAACACUCCUAUCUUUUUGAGGCACAGACCACAACAGACCAAACAUGUUUCAGGAGAUUUCCCAAACGGCUUCACGGUCCCAUUUACCUGUUUUCCCCCAGAAGAGGAAAGGGGGGGCAGAAUAUCACCGAACUUGCCGUCUGGAUACAAACAAUCCGCAGAGUCUCCUGCAUGUUGUUGGCACCUCUUUAAAGGCGAACCUGAACAGGAGUGCCCCUCCUGGUUCCAAGUUCUUCUCUGUGAAGUGCACUGCCAAUGUUCAAUACAACAUAAGCCCUCCACCUGCGGAGACAUCCCACCUGUCUCCUAUACUCCUCACUGGAAACUCAGUGCUUCUCAUCAGCAUUAACCAUGCCAGUCAGUCCAAAAGAGAUGAAAAGCUGUCUGUCUGCUACUAUGGGAAGAACAAAGAGGUCUUGGGGACAGCAAUUAUGUACCUGACAGCCAUUGAGAUCUCUCUUGAUGUGGAUGCUGACAGAGAUGGUAUUGUGGAGAAGAACAACCCAGACAAGGAAUCCUGGAAAUGGGGUCCUAAUGGGCACGGAGCUAUCCUUCUGGUUAACUGUGACUCAGAAAAGUCCUACAACAAGAAACCAGACUGUGAGGAGGCCCGCAUCUCCAAAGUGACAGAUCUUAAGGACAUGUCGCUCAUGGUGCUGCGGACCAGAGGCCCUGCCCAACUCCCAAAAGGCUAUAAACUCACCAUGCACAUCUCUCAGGGAGAUGCAGAGGGUGUUCGAGUUUUUAGAGCUGAAUCCCCUGAUGUGGUUAAGAACAGCCUGCGGAAAAUAUUUAGUGCCUUUGUCAAGGACUUUCCACUGGUGCUUAGCAGUGAGGUGCUGUCCAAGGAAGUGCCUUACCUUGGAGGCUCAGCAGAGAUGAACUUUUAUGUGGAAGGCCUGAGGUUUCCUGACAAGGACUUUGAUGGGCUCAUAACCAUCAGCCUCAGCUUACUGGAGCCAAUCUGUGAGGGAAUUCCUGAGACGCCCAUUUUCACCGACAAAGUGGUGUUUAGAGUGUCGCCAUGGAUCAUGACACCCAACACCCUCCAGCCUGUGGAGGUGUUUGUCUGCAGUACAUCUGAUAACUACCAGUUCCUCAAAGGAAUGAGGAACCUUGUUACAAAGAGUGGGUCCAAGCUGAAAAUCUGCCAUGAGUAUAUGAACAGAGGAGACCGCUGGAUGCAAGAUGAACUGGAAUUUGGUUACAUUGAUUCACCCCAUCACAGUUUUCCUGUGGUUCUGGAUUCCCCUAGAGAUGGAACUCUUGAUGACUUUCCCUAUGAUGAACUUCUGGGGCCUGACUUUGGGUAUGUGACCAGGGUGGCUCACAGAAAAGAUGUGAGCAGUCUGGACUCGUUCGGUAACCUGGAGGUUAGCCCUCCUGUCACGGUGAAUGGAAAAAAAUACCCUCUGGGCAGAAUCCUCAUUGGGGUUGCCUUCCCAACGGCAACGAAGGGACGAAACAUGACCAAAGUGGUUCAAGACUUCUUGUGGGCUCAGAAGGUUCAGGAGCCUGUUGCCUUGUUUUCUGACUGGCUCUUGGUUGGCCAUAUCGAUGAAUUCAUGAGUUUUGUUCCUGCUCCUGACAGAAAGGGCUUUCGACUGCUGCUGGCCAGCCCAGAUGCGGGCUACAAAAUAUUCAGAAGACUCCACAAUGACGGACAUGGACAAGCCAAGAUGUUUGACGGUGUGAAUGAUGAAAAGCCAGUGACAGUGGAUGAGAUCCUGAGUGAUGAAAAUCUGCAAGCUGAAAAUAACUAUGUACAGAGCUGCAUUGACUGGAACAGGGAUGUAUUGAAGAGAGAGCUGGGCCUGGAUGAUGAUGACAUUAUUGACCUGCCAAUUCUUUUCAAGCUGGAGAAUAAGGAUGCUGAAUACAGAGCUGUGGCCUACUACCCUGAUAUGGUCAACAUGAUUGUUUUGGGGAAAAAUCUUGGCAUUCCAAAACCAUUUGGCCCCAAGGUGAAUGGACGCUGUGUCCUCGAGGCAGAGAUGUGCUCCCUGAUGGAGGCUCUGGGCCUCAACUGUACGUUCAUUGACGACUUUGCCACCUACCACAAACUGCUGGGAGAGGUGCACUGUGGUUCCAAUGUCCGUAGAAAGCCAUUUGACUUCAAAUGGUGGAACCUUGAGCUGUGAGUUAAAAACUGAAACUGAGGGAAAUUAAAGUAGCAAGGGAUUCAGUUCUGGUUGUUUUUGUAGUGAUGGCGUCUGCCAAUAUUAAUGUCUAACUUGUAUUCUUCUUUGUAGCAUUGCUUUAAUCAAAUCAAACAAUCAAAUGUGCAGUGAAAGCAUCUCACUGCAACUCUGGUGUGGUUUUAAAAGAGUACACAGCAAUCAGCUAAAUUACACAGCAUUCAUGCUUUUCCUGUCAAUCUCUCAUAUCUGUGAUGUAAAUUUACAACCAGAGAUCCAUAACUAGAUUCCACCUUUAAGGCUAAAAUCGACCAUGCACGAAAGCAGUGUAGGUUAGCCAAUCAAAUGUUAGGGUCUAUUUCAAGGGUUCUACCUACAGUCCUUAAGUACCAGUGUCCCCUAAUAUUUUGAUGCAUCCCUGCUCCAACACACCUGAAUCAAAAGGCUGAUUUACCUUUCUGGUCUAUCAGCAGGCUUUGCAGGGCCUGGUUAUUAACCAUUCAUUCGAGGACUGGAGUUUGUACCCCAGGUCUGUUUAAUGAGUUGAGGUGUCAGUUUAAAUCAUUUCAUGAUUGUGGCACAUGAAAUAUGAAAUUAGUACUGAAAUGGUUAUAUAUGAUUUUUGCAUAGGCCUAUAAUAACAUUUUAAUGAUUUAAAUAAAUACUGAAACAUUUGGUAGGUAUUUGACAGUUUAAUUGAAAUCAUCACAUCUAGUAUAAAAGACAUAUGACAUAUGUAUUAGGAUUGUAGCACUUUUGGCCUUCUAUAUUUUUUUUAACUUUCAAUAACCAGUUGGAGGAAUCCUUUCCUUUUUUUUUUAAAGCAGUAGAACAUCAGUUACUUCAUGGUUGGUUCUUCUCUUAUCAGAUAUAUUCUGAAUUCUAUCAUUCUUUGCAUAGUAACAACCAUCAUUUAUUGGAAAUAAAUCAGUCUAGGGAUAGUGGUGUUUAUAUUCAUAUUUAAUAAACCUUUUUUUAAAUGUAAUUUACAAAAAAAGAUGAAAAGCAAUAUUUACAAACGAGUCUUUUUUUAAGGGUUUAAGCAAACCGUUGACAAAAACAGAAGUACAAUCAUCUGAAUUAAGCACAGCAAAAGUUUUCUCCCAGUGUUAAAGUUGCUGAUAGACACUGGUAUGGAGUGCAAACACAUGUAGAUUGAAGGUACCACAUAGUAAUGUGCAAUAAUAACAUAGAACCACAAGAGGGUAGACUUUAUCUACUCAUGUCUUUUUAAUAGCCAACAUUGUUUUUUUUUCUCUAAAAAUCCAUCGAAAGGAAAGUUUUGCAUUACAUCUUAUAGGUUUCUCAUUUAUUUUUCUGUGCCACUUUAUUUUGUCACUAUAAAGAGCUUCAAUGAAUACCAUUUACACUUUUGGGGAGGUCUGUCUUUGCAUCAGUGUCUUAAACUUUUUUUUUUUUUUUACUUUGUAUGCAAUAUAAAUGUUGUCAACUGCUAAAUACAUAAUAAAUAUCUUCUGUGAAUUUACUGAAAUAAAAUGAGUCAACAUGU